CCGAGUCUUGAACGAUGAUGAUUCGACUCCAUAUAUUUCGUCAAAGCCUUGAUCCAGCCGGUCUCGAUCGCAUUUGGCCGUCUCAAUCGACUCAAGCUGCCAAUCAUGGACAGCAUCGCCGCCGCCGCCGGCAACUGCCGCUGCAGCCGCGUCGUCUACGUCGGCAACAUCCCCUUCAAAGCCGAGGAGAAGGAGGUCCGCGACGCCUGCGAGCUCAUCGGCCCCGCCCUCUCCUUCAACCUCGCCGCCGACGCCGACACGGGGAAGCGCAAGGGCUACGCCUUCGUCGAGUACGCUGACGACGCCACGGCGCAGAGCGCGUGCCGCAACAUGCACGGCCACCGGCUGCUCGACCGCGAGCUGCGGGUCGGCCUCGCCGAAAGGGCCGGCGCGGCGCGCCGGAGGCGCCGGGGAGACCACGAGCCCGUCGGGAUGGAGGACGCCAUCCACGCCGCAUCCCUCGUCAACGACCGCGGGCGCCUCGCCGUCGUGUCCUCCGUCACGCGGCACCUGGCGGGCGCGUCCAGGCACGAGCUGCGGGAAGCUUUGGACACGUUCAAGAACUGCGGCCCCGAGAACUGCAAGGUACUCACGGAGUACGUCCCAGGGCUGGACAUCGCCAUGGAGAUGGUGCAGCGCCUGCUCGACAUGGCUGCAGCGGACGAUGCUGCCGGCGAGGCAAAGAGGAAGAAGCGGGCAAGCGCCUGUCCGCCGCCGGACGAUCACGGCGCCAAACUGAUGAAGCUCGAAGACGGCGGGAAGGCUACGCCGGUGUUCGCUGGAGUUGCCUGCGUCUGAGAAGGAGAGAUCGAUGCCUCAGCAAGUGCGCCAUCACAAGUUGCUUCCAUGUACAUGUACUAGAUCAGGCGAAACAAAACAGUUUGUACUACAAUUGUACUCCUAUAUAUAUACAAGUAUGAUAAUGCAAAAUUUACAUAUGACAA